AAUAAAUGUUAUCUACUAAACGGUCUUAAUAGUUUAAUAAAAAAACGAUUCUUUAAAAGGAAAAAAAAAGAAACCAACAUUAUAAAUCAGCACUAGAUGGCGUGACGAUUUAUUUUAUUUUAACUUCAAAAUUACAUAUCUAUUGUUUACUUAGUCUAUUCAUAUAUUAUUUAAACGACUUCCUGACCUAAAAACGUUUAGUACGAAUUCAAAGGUGAUUCUAAAUUAUUUUAAACAAUUUAGUUUUUUGUGUGUGUUUAACGGGAAUGGGAAAACGUAAAAAUAAGAUAAAAAGAAAGAGAUGAAAAGUUGAAAGCAUUACGUUAAUGAAAGAGAUAAAUCAGCUAUUCUAUAAAUGUUACUUAAUAAAGUAAAAUUAAAAAUAAAGACCAUUUCAACAUUAUGUAUUUCUGUUUAUAUGCUAGAGGUGAUUUCAAUACGAGCGUCAUAGUAGACAGAUGUUAUAUGGCACGUGACCAAAUUGUGGUAUGCUCUACCGUUAAGAUUUAAAUUCCUAUGCACGUCUCCUAUCGUUCUGCUAGCAAAGGAUAGAAUCAUUAAAUACGGAUAUUAACCCACUAACUUGAAAUAUAAAUCAGCUACAGGCUUAGCUUAUUUAAUAAAGAGAAAAAAGAAAGAUAAACUUAAUCCUCUAUUCUCCAUAAUAUCGAAGAUAAGGGAGUAAAGGGCAGGUGUUCUGGAGAAUUGAACACGCACCUGUAUUUAAAAGGACUGAACAGGUGCUUGGCAUCUUUCAGUUAGAAAACUAGUCAGUCUCCGUUCAAAUUUCAAAGUUGGAUAUUCUGCUUACUUUCUCUUGACUAUAUUUGUAUUUUAAGUUGAUUAAUUAGAAAAAAAACGGAUAGCCUGGCUUUAAUACCCCAGCUGAUUACUUCGUUAUGCCUCUUAUCGCCUCUACCAAUAAACGUUGACUUGCUGGCUGAAAGAUUGUUAAAAAUGAGCGUUGUAGAUUGGUUUAGUUUAACCAUAAGGAGACCAAAGCAUAAACAAGAAUGGCUGACUGAUUUACACCGUUUACCAAAUUUUAUAUCGCAUAAAGAUGACUUUUCAAAAUCAUUAAAGAUAGAUCGAUUAAAACACAAAUCACAAAAAUCUGUGCUAACCCCCGAAGAAGAGGUAAAAACUGUCAGGCUGGCGCAUACUCAGAAUCAGGCUGAUAAUAGGGGUAAGCUAAGAAGUCCGCUUCAUCGUAAACCGAGUAUUGGAAGGAUUGCUGGAUGGGCUGUUAGUUUUGAUAGACUGUUAGAGGAUGUAGAAGGAUUGAAUACUUUUACGAAAUUCCUUGAGAAGGAAUAUAGUGAUGAGAAUAUUAUCUUUUGGAAAAGAUGCCAGGAAUAUAAUCAAUUGUCUGAUCCUAAUCAGAGAAAACUACUAGCAGAAGAAAUAUUCGAUAACCAUUUAGCUUCGGGCGCUUCCCUUAUGGUUAAUAUUGAUUGCGUGGCCAAGAAGAUUACAGAGGAUGGUAUGAAAGGAGAAGAAUUGUCUCCCAACCUAUUCCGUUCAGCCCAAAAGCAAAUUUACUGCCUAAUGAAGCAAGAUAGUUAUCCAAGAUUCCUAAAAUCAGAAAUGUAUAGAAAAAGCGUUGUAAAAGAUAUGGAAGAUAGGAAACUUGAGAAAAAAGAUUUAGAAACACUAAAAAAUAGGGGAGAAUCUCCAGCAAGUCGAAAAAGAACAUUAUUGCCAUGGACUAAAACUAGAAGAUCAGAAUUCAAAUUGGAUAAAAUAGAAAUAUCCGAUCCUAGGAAUCCUAAACCUUUAAGUGUUCCUACAACACCUGUAGAUGGUCCUGGAAUGGCUCUUGAUAAUUUAGAAAAGAAUUAUUUUAGGCUUAGAAUUGGCCAGCAGACCACCGUUCGGGAAACAGAUAAAGACGUCAGUUUGUACAAGGUCGUCUGCAAUUAUUGCCAAAGGCAAGGAUCUGAUCAUCAGAUGUCGGCGUUCGAAGCUUUCGAAGUUGGAGUCGAUGUGCCCUUAAAUCCAAACGAUCCAUGUCGGAAUUUUACAUCAAAAGAGAUUAAAAUAGAAGAAAGAGUUACAUUUUCUAUUUAUCUCAUGGAUGGUAGAGCCUAUGGUGUUAGGGGUAAAAUGGAGAAAUCAAUCCGGGAUUUUCUUAAGCCUAUCUUACCUAAAUUUAAACUAAAACUUACGGACUUGUUAAUUCAUACAAUCAAUGCAACGCCCCAUCAACUAAUCGAUCAUGAUAAACCUUUAUCGGUUUUAAAUCGUAAAAAGGUUCUGCUAAGGACUACCCAAGAGUUUUCUGAUUUUAAAAUACCUACUUGUCAUGAUAUGGAAGUGGAAAUAGUUUUAAAAGAAUUAAGAAGUGGAGAACUAGAUAAGGCGCCAGAGUUUGAUGAAUUUGGUGUCCUCAUUCUAAGAGAAACAACGAUUAUCAGACGAAUAUCUAGUAAGAAACAUCCAGAACGGCGGAAUUCUAUAGGUGGUUCUAAUGUUGAUGGAGAGAAGAAUAGUUUCAACAAAUUCUCAAGUUCUGUUCGGAAUGUUUUUACUUCGAAGAGUAGAAAAUCUUCCAAACCACCUGUAGCGCCCCCUAAAAAAAUAACGGCGGACUGUUCGUUUUUCGAAACUCUAACUACUGCCCAAAGUAAUACGUACGAUGAUCAGAGAGGGCCAAUAAAAUGCGAUACUAUGACCAUACCAGAUUUCUUGUUACAUUCUACACCUUUAAAGAAAACCGGGUCCGAAACUUUCUUAGCAGAUACUACGAAUGAAUUUUCCACACCAAUAACUGAUGGGUUACCUAAAUUCAGUUGCGAUUCUGGAAUCUCUUUCGAUAUUCGCAGCUUUUCCAGAUCGAUUUCCGGUAAUACGGGAGCAUUGACUCUUGAGGAUUUGGAUAACACGUUAAAAGAUUAAAAAAAAUGACUUUUCUCAUGCAAUUUGUUCUUUUCUUUCCUUCUUAUGUGCUUUAAUCUUAUAUUGUAAUAAGCAUAAAUUUGUGAAUAUUCUAUGUAAUAUCUUUUUCAAAUGCUUCUUCAAUAUGUAGAUAUCACUACUAAGAAAAAAAAAGAUACGAUUUAAAUUAAGAAUUUCAAUUGUGCAAUAUAUUCCUUUCUAUUAAAGACUAUUAAAAGAAAAGACCUUAUUACUAUUGUUGAACAAAAAUAGUAAACCUAUACAAUAAUUAAGUACCUAACGUAUAUUGUACUUGAUACUUGAUUAUUAAUUGUAUUAAUAUACGUAUACUGCAGAUAUUUUCUUAUGUAUACAGUAAUUCAUUUCUUUACAAAGAAAUAACGUUUUUGUUUCAUGAAAGAGCCAUUUUUAGGAUUUAUGAAUGAUACUAAAAAUAAAAUCUGUCUUCCCAGUGCCG